AACAUCAUCAUGCUGUUUGAAAAUACAACUGGUUUUGUUUCCCACUCUACUCCCUUUCCAGGUGAUUUGGUAUCACGAGCAAUGCACCACAUGCAGUGUUUGACUACCCUUCGUCCUGGCAUGAGCCCUGUUCGGCAAACCAGACAACAGCAACCACCCAUCACCUGGUCCCCCGAUGCCCUCCAUACCCUUUACUACUUUCUACGCUGCCCUCAGAUGGAAUCCAUGGAAAACCCCAACCUGGAUCCACCAAGGAUGGCCUUGAGUAAUGAACGGCCAUUCAUGCUUCUGCCCCCAUUGAUGGAAUGGAUGCGAGUAGCUAUAACCUAUGCUGAGCAUCGGCGUAGUUUAACAGUAGACAGUGAUGACAUCCGACAGACAGCUAGGCUGCUAUUACCUGGAUUGGACUGUGAACCUCGACAAUUGAAGCCAGAAUGCUGCUUUAGUUCCUUCCGGCGAAUGGAUGCAAAGGCUGCUAUUGAAAAAUUCCAGCAGGAUCUGGGGUUUCGAAUGUUGAACUGUGGAAGGACUGAUCUGAUUAACCAAGCUAUAGAAGCCUUAGGACCUGAAGGCGUUAAUACAAUGGAUGAUCAGGGUAUGACUCCACUCAUGUAUGCCUGUUCUGCUGGAGAUGAAGCCAUGGUGCAGAUGCUGAUUGAUGCUGGAGCAAAUCUGGAUAUACCAGUUCCUGGAAGUUCAUCUCGAUACCCAUCAGUUCAUCCUGAUAGCCGACACUGGACUGCGCUCACUUUCGCUGUAUUGCAUGGCCAUAUCUCAGUCGUCCAGUUGCUGCUGGAUGCAGGGGCUCACGUUGAAGGUUCUGCUGUCAACAGUGGAGAAGACAACUAUGCUGAGACACCACUUCAAUUGGCCUCAGCAGCAGGUAACUAUGAGCUGGUCAGUUUGCUGCUGAGCCGAGGAGCUGAUCCCCUUCUGAGUAUGCUGGAAGCCAAUGGAAUCUCCUCAUCGCUUCAUGAGGACAUGAACUGUUUCAGCCAUGCUGCUGCUCAUGGACACAGAAAUGUCCUGCGUAAGCUGUUGACCCAGCCACAGCAGUCAAAGGGAGAUGUUCUCUCACUGGAAGAAAUUUUAGCAGAGGGUGUGGAAAGCGAUACUUCCAGCCAAGGAAGCUCUAAUGAGGGCCAAGUUAAGUUAUGCAAAACCAGAAUGAAAGCAUUACAGGAGGCCAUGUAUUACAGUGCAGAGCAUGGCUAUGUUGAUAUCACAAUGGAACUGAGAGUACUUGGAAUCCCAUGGAAGCUGCAUGUAUGGAUUGAGUCACUACGAACAACUUUUUAUCAGUCUCGUUACUCACUAGUACAGAACCUCCUACGGGAAUUUGUCACCAUUAAAGAAGAAGAAUACAAUGAAGAGUUAGUGAAUGAUGGACUGAAGCUAAUGUUUGAAAUCCUCAGAACCAGCAAAAAUGACUCAAUCAGCCAGCAUCUUGCAGCUAUUUUUACUCACUGCUACGGAAGCAGCCCCAUACCCAGUAUUCCUGAAAUCAGAAAGACACUGCCAGCCCGUCUAGAUCCUCACUUUCUAAAUAACAAAGAUAUGUCUGAUGUGACGUUUCAAGUGGAAGGAAAACUGUUUUAUGCCCAUAAAGUUCUCUUGGUUACUGCUUCAAAUAAAUUUAAGACACUGAUGACCAAUAAAACUGGACAAGACAUUCAAGGCAGUAAGAUUGUGGAAAUUAGUGACAUGAGAUAUAAUAUCUUCAAGGUUGACCUAGAGAUAUUGCAAGUCAAUGGAAUGAGCAGAAUGUUACAAUAAUGCCUUCUCUUUCAUCCCUGCCAGUUGCUCUCAGCUGCAAGUUUAUUCCAGCUGGAUGGCCUCCAGCGCCACUGUGAGAUAUUGUGUGCUCAGACCAUCAAUAUUGAAAGCUGUGUUCACAUCUAUAAAUAUGCCAAGAUCCAUAAUGCUCCAGAGCUGGCCUCUUUUUGCGAAGGCUUUUUUCUCAAGCAUAUGAAUUCCCUGGUGCAGCAGGAAUCAUUCAGGCAGCUCAUCUAUGGCAGGAACAGCAGGGUUCAGGGUCUGGAUCCCCUCCAGGAUUUGCAGUCCACUUUGGCCAGCAGACUUCAUUCCAUUUAUGUAACAUCAAGAGUGUAAUUGCUAAGAUCUGUGGCCUUGCUGUUAAAGAAAGCACCUGCUCAUUGAACUGCACUGAAAUGGGAUCUGGCCCCAUCGUGGCUGCUUCAUCCAGCUUCUGGAGACAGUGCCUGUCCCACCACCUCAGCAGACUUAUCCAAAUGCAAGAACAUAACUCUGCAAAGUGCUCACCUGCCACCACGAUUUUACCAGAAAACGGAUGAGCAGAAUCUGAGGUGGGGUGCUGCUAUUCUGCUAGGUACACAUCACAAAGGAGAACUCAGGGGGAAUUUCACUUCUAAGUGUCCAAAAGACCGCUUAGAAGAAUGCACAAACCAUAGUUGGCAUUUAGCCGGAGAACGGACUGUUAAAAAUGGGUAUGAAUGUAGAAAUUCUAAUUUCUCUCGAUUUUGGCUACUCAAACUGUCUAAUAUUGGGCUAGCUGAUUCCACUAGAGUGCCAUGCUGCAAACAGAUCUGCCUUUUGCUUUGUCCACUGAGAUGUGCAGGUUCAGGAGGGGCUAAAGCUAAAAAAUCUAGUUUUGAAGAUAACAAUAAUAUGCUACCUAACAGAUUCUGCGUUAUUUUGGCCUUAGUUUUUAACUAGCUCUGGCUGUCCAUUUUUGUAUUUAAAAAACAUAACCUGGUAUCACUAAUAUUUAGAGCUACCCAUAUCUUUGUGCAAAUUAUUAUUGCUAAGACCAUCACACUGUGGUAUCUACGAUACUGGUUGUUGCAGAUAGAAUUUCUCUCAUUUCUGCAAUAUAGUUGUAUAUAAAGGGUUGGGGCUUGCUUUGUCAAUGCUAUAUUAUAGCAAAUAUAUGCCUGAUCUGGUGCUUAUGAUCUGGACCACUGUCCAUCUGGGAAUUAUGUGCAUCACGCACAGAAGUAUGAAUAGCCAAUUCCUGCUAAAGGGAUCUCUGUAUAGAAAGACUGUAUAUUUAUCCAUAUCAUUUUGGGGACUGGACGUUGCAAGCAAUAAUCAAGCUCCAUACAGGCUACAGAUGCAGUCUGAAUUGUAUUAUUUCGAAUGACAGCCACAUUUUAAACACACCCUCUCUGCUACUCUUGCACCAUUUGCUGCAUGUGAUAGCAUGCUGACUCACUAAACUGGAUUUCAGUUGAUGUAGGUGAAUGAGGCCUAAUUGGGUUCAAAUUGGAAUAUUAAAUCAUUGUAAAUAUUUGAACAAGGGCUUUUGCACAUGUAAUCUCACUGAGUCAGUCAGUAUGACUGGGACAAAUUAUUUUCAUAUCCCUCCAUAUAUACUUCAGUCUGCAUUGAAAUUAAGGGUUGACAUGGGAAAUAACUGAUAUAGGAACAGGCUUCCCCUUUUUCCAAUACUCAACAUUUUGCUUCCAUUUUUGAAUGGACUAGAAAAUAGUAAUUUAGGAUAUAGUUUUUAUAAUGAUUAACAAAGGGAUUACGAUUACCAUUUGAGGAAACAUGCAUAAAUCAAAUAUUUUUUUGAAGGAUAGAUCGUUAAGUUAAUAAAGGGGGAAAGAAGUAAAGUCAAAUGGAGCUAGGCUGUGCCGCAAGUGUUUUUGUGGUGUUUCAGGGAAGAUAAUGGAAGAGUAAUGGAAAUUUUGCAAAUACAUAGACAUUUCAGAAGCAAGAAAGGCUUUUCCCAUAAUUAUCUAUUUGGGAGUUUAAUGUCCUCAACGUAAAAUCUUCAUUUCUAACAGAGAGAAAAGCAUUCAUUACAGAAUGAACCAUGUUUAGAAAUACUUAUUACAUUUGGUUUAAGUAUAUAAAGAUUGGACCAAUUCAACAAUAACACAACCCAUUAAUGUGACUGAGCAGGGUGGUUGGGUAAACUAACGGGGGGGGGGG